UAAAACCGCCCUGUGCGCUUAGAAAUGUAGUUAUGAUAGGAUGGGAUUUUUCUACUUUCCACUUCAAAAAAGAUCCACUGCAGUGUUUACACUGUGCAGGCCUACGUUUUUGGCUCACGUAGUUCGUUAAUUUCCGUAAACUAUCGGCUCCUCUUCGAGUAUUUCCCAGGUGUGAGUGCAGUCAGCAGGCGGAGUGAGAGAGCAGCUGACUGUGGUAUCUGUAAAUGGAGAAGUGAGUUUGGUAGUAAAUCAAUCAGUUUGAGUCGGUGAAUGGUCUAACGUGCACAUCGAAAUUUGCUUGAUUAUAACAGUACACAUAUUCAGCAAGAGAAAACAUGAAGGGCGCUUGCUGAUGAGCUGACACCUCUGUUAUGCGGUCAAGAUGGCAUGCACUGACGUGCCGAGCAACAGCAGCAGCUUUUACAAUGAAGACAGAAAUUUACUACGCAUUAAAGAAAGGGAGCGUCGGAAUCAAGAAGUUCACCAGGAGAAGGAGCCUUUCCUGGAAUGCGCCCCUCUCUUCGGAGAGCCAUAUAAGACCAGCAAGGGAGAUGAGCUGUCCAGUUGGAUUCAGAGCAUGCUGGGUAAUUACGAGGAGGUGAAGGAGCUGAUAAGCAACAGGUCCCACCAGAAUCUAAUCGGCAUUCCCAAAAGUGCCCUCCCCCUGACCUCUCAAGGAAAAACUGACCGCCUCUCACUCCCAGACAGAACACAUCCCCCAUUCCAUAACCCUCAGCGCUCCGGGGGCCCUCCUAGCGCCACAGCCCCAGGAAGCUGCCCUAUCCAGUACCAGAAGAGGCCAGCUUCCUCUGGGCACUCCAGUCAGCAGUCCAAAAGCUACAGUUUAUCAUCACACAGUUGGAGCCAAGGUCCAGACCUUAGCCAAGGUAACCAGGAGAUGCAGAGCAACAGUAGCAGUGGUCACCAAAGAAAGAGUGACAGGUGGCCAGAUCUGGAGGAGUGUGCCAAGCUCCCCAUGCUACUGUCUGCUCUAUCCCCACCUUCCGAGCCACUGUCCCCCUUACAUUCCUUUGAGCCAAGUGAUUCUGAAGCUCCGGGCAGGGAGGGCCACAGGAAGUCCCCUCUUGGGAACCCGGUCACUGUGUCCAUUGAUGGCAACAAAAGGGAUGUUCACUCUUCCGUCUCUGUUUUAAGCGAAGCAGGUCCUCUUCCCUCACAGACUUUCCUACCUGCAUUGCCAUCCAAGGUAAAUCCAGUCAUGCAACAGAAGCCUACAGCUUAUGUCAGACCAAUGGAUGGGCAAGACCAAGCCCCAAAUGAAUCUCCAGAACUGAAACCUCCCCCAGAGGACUACCACGAGCAGUCUUACGGAACCUUCUCGGACAUGAAAACCAAUGCCAAGGUCAAGCUGUCCAAACUGAAAAUUCCUUCCCAGCCCAUUGAGACGCUGUCCAAUGAAGCCCACUGCGUAGAAGACAUUUUAAGGGAAAUGACCCAUUCUUGGCCUCCACCCUUGACAGCCAUACAUACACCAAGCACAGCGGAGCCUUCAAAAUUUCCUUUCCCAGCAAAGGAAUCUCAGCAUGUCCAUUCUGGUUUUGUGGGACAAAAACACUAUGAUUCAUCUUCAAAAGUACCGCCAUCAAACUGUCAACAGGGAUCAUCUGCCCCACAGAGCAGCAGUGUGGCGUCGGCACAUUCCAGCGACGGCGAGUCCGAGAGCUUGAGUGAGUCAGACAGCACCUCGGGCUCCGAGACUGAGAGCGAGAGCAGCUCCAGCGAGAAUGAGGAGGAGGAGCGCGAGCCAAAGAAGAGCCCGCCAGUGCCUGAGGUAAAGCCUGAUGCUCCAACAGCAAAUAAAUGGCAGCUGGACAACUGGUUGGUCAAGGUUAACCAACAGUGUUCACAUCCAGAGAGCCAGAGCGACCCUGCUCAGAGCCACAUUGAGGAGAGCAGAGUGCAGGACAGCAAUGGUGACAACCCAGAGGAGAGCUUGAAAUCGAACGAGUCUUGCCCGCCUCAUGAGGAGAGCAGCAGGGAGUCUAGGGUUAUACAGGACAUCUCUCACAGCAAGGGCAGCCGGCAGAAAUCCCCGGCACACAGGGCUGGCAUCAGCCAGAGACAGUCAGUUGGCAAAAAGCAGCCUUGCAAAUCUGCCAAGGUACCCAGGCCGGAGGAGUGCCAGGGGGUCCUAAAGGUAGAAAGCGAGCCUGCCCCUCCCAAAGGUAAAGACCAGUCAUCCACAGAAAAGCCAAAAGUUAAAACGAAAAAUGGGCACGAGAAGCCCAGUAAGAAAACUGAGACUGGCAAGCCCCCUAAACGUGUUCCUUCCGAAAAGAAGAAACGGAAAGAACCAACGGCUACUCUUAAGCCUGCCUUGGACUCGCACUGUGAGAGGGAGGGCAGAGCGGUGUGCUCUCGGCUUCCCCAGGCUGAGAGCCAGCCUCCCUCUGCAGUGAGGACUAGUGCCGAUAAGGCUGUGAACCAGGAAGAGGACUGCCUCAGGAAGGGCGGAGCGCUUACCCCGAUCGGGGAUGGGAGGCUGCUGUCCCCGCUCCGAGACGCCAAGGCCCCCCAGGCACUGGUUGUGAAGAUCCAACUCAGCCUGCUGUCUAGGGUCCCACAGCCGCCUGGCAAAGGCAGCCACCAAAAGAAAACUGCCCUCCCAAAGCCAUCGGAGGAGAGGAAAAAGGAGGCAGGGAAAUUGACUCUUGACAGUGCUCCCCCCAAGGUUCACAAAAAGAGACAGGCUGUGGAGAAUGAAAAAUCUCUGGGAAUAAAGAGGCCAAAGCUAGAUACAGAAAUCAAGCCAUCAUCUUCAAAUCCUAAAAGUCCAGGAAAAUCCAAGGUAUCCAAGAGCGCCAGUAAGAAGAUGAAGAAAGUGCUUGUGCCCCCUCCAGUGUCUCCGGCACAGGGGCCCCCCAAGGGGGCCGGGUACAAGCGGUGCAGCAGUGAGAGCAGCACAGCCGGUGCCUGCAACGCCAAGAGCAGCCACGUCGGCCCUUCAUCUGUCAAGCACAAGAAGACCCAGCAGAAACACACAGAGCACUCCAAGAGCAGCAAAAAAUCUUCACAGAACUCCUCCACUCCUUUUCCAGUGCCUUCAUUGCCAAAUGAAAGCUCAAAGCCAGCAAGACCAUUACAAAAGUUUGAUAACAAGCAGUAUCCUGUGGAGCAUCACAUUAAGGAGGCCAAAAAAUUAAAACACAAGGCUGAUGUCAUGUCGGACAAAGUUGGAAAAGCUUUCAAUUACCUGGAUGCUGCUCUGUCGUUCAUUGAGAGUGGAAUAUCCAUGGAGUCCAACCCCCAGACACCAAAGUCGGCAUAUACCAUGUUCUCUGAAACUGUGGAUUUAAUCAAAUUCAUAGUGAAAUUAAAAAACUUUGUAGACCCAUCUGCUCCUGCACCAGAGAGAAUCUUUGCAGUUUUAUGCAUGCGGUGCCAGUCUCUUCUCCACAUGGCAAUGUUUCGCUAUAAAAAAGAGGCUGCGUUAAAGCAUUCAAGAACCCUCACAGAACAUUUCAAGAGUUCUUCCCGAUCAGCACAAGCUCCUUCCCCUUGUGUUGCGAGAAGCUCUGGCACGCCUUCCCCAAUGUCCCCGAUGCCAUCCCCUGCCAGCUCUGCCGGGUCCGUGCCCGGAUCCAGCCUCAGCAAUGGGGGGAGCACUGGAAUGUCUGUCACCAUCCCUCAGAUGAUUAAUCAGGUGGCCUCAUCCUACAUCAGCAUCACCUCCCUCUUCCUGACUGCCCACGAUAUCUGGGAACAGGCGGAUGCACUAGCAAAGAAAAAUAAUGAGUUCUUUGUGGAACUCGACUCAGCGAUGGGCCCUCUGUCCCUGACCACCAGCAUGAGUGCUCUAGUACGCUUCACAAGACAGGGUUUGCAUUGGCUCAGACUGGACACAAACAUGCCAUAAACAAAGGGCCCAAGAUUUUAUUUUUUUUUGCUUUUUUUCUCUUUCCAAGAAAAAGCCCUGCUCUGUUUGGACUUUAGUAGCCACAGAAACAAGACCUGCACUUUUUUCUGAGUGGAGGAAGGAAAAGCUCUGUGACCAGCUUCAAUAGGAGAUUCAGAGCUACGGCAGAAGUUGCCUUGUACAAACUGAACAAAGUUGCAAGAAUGCAACCCUUGAGUCCAAAAAAGUACAAUUUAUUUUAUUUCCCUUUACGAUGGAUCAACGUAUAGCGGUCUUGAUAUUUAGUUUGCUUAGCUGGUCUGCACAUUAGGACAGAAAUACCACACUGGAAAAAUCUCAUCUCUUCUAAAUCAGGACUGCAUCUCCAACACUAACUGAACGGAAACAAAUAUACAAUUUAAACAACUCAAAAGCAACACACAUCAUCAAACCAUUUUAAUAGGAGCAUGGCUACAUACUGCAAGUAGCACAAGUGCAUCUGAUGGCCCAAAGGUGCCAUGCAUGGAUGGUUUAGGAACAUAUCCUGCACUGCUUCUUUUUUCACACCCUCACACCCAUUCAACAUUUACCUUUUUCCUUUUUUUAAUUAUUUUUAUAGUUGUUUUAUUGUUAAUGGAGAUCACUUUCAUAUGCUGAGGCUGUUCUUGUGACAGUACUGGUCAACAACAAAGAGGGUCUGUGAAAAUGGGAUUUGAAAGUAAACCGGCCCGUGUUGGUUUAGUACUUACAAGUUGCACAUCUUCUUUCACAACAUAUCAACUUUUCUGGUGUCAGGAAAUCUCUCCAGAACCCUGGUUGGCUGAGGUCCAUACAUUUUAUUGUGAACUGUGUGAUAUAGUUGGAGCUGGGUAUUGAAUGCUCGGGGUGGGUGUGGGGGUGAUGUUCAGGUGCUGCUCAUCCUGCUGGUGAAGAUAGACAGUCUUAUAGCCUGCCAUAUGGAGCCGAUUGUUGGGGAACCCUGACUGCUCUCUGUUGCAUAUGAAGGCAAUGACAAGAACCGCCUGCCUCCUUUCUUGUUGUAAUGUGUUCCUAAAGCAUGCCUCCUAUACAUCACCAUCAGUUCAAAAGGACAAAUCUGUACUUUCACUUUCACAGCUGGUAUUACAUUUUAAUAUCGGCUUCUUAAAGUAUCAAACAACAAAAUAGACUGCAGCCAUUAUUCAAAUGUAAUGUCUUAGUCUUGGUGCAGUCAGUAGUCACCUUUCAGUGAUUUAUAACUUCAUAUGUGUUAUUUAGCAACCCCCAGCAAACCAUCCUGAUUACCUUUUGCAACCUCUCCAUCAAAAAAAAAAAAAAAGUCAGCAGUAUUUUUCUCCAAGGGAGUCUGUUUUGGUCACAGCACAUUCCAAUGGGGUAAGGUGAAAGUACAGGUGAACUCUAACUGAAGGUCAUACCUGGUAACAAUGUAUUUUUGUUGCUGUGUUUUUUUUGUUUUUGUUUUUUUAAAAAGAGGUGCAUGCUUAAAUUAUUUCUGCGAAAAGACAGGUAUUGAUCCCCUGCUUGCACUGCAAUGCAUUCUGUAGUGAGUUCUGAUUCCAACAUGAAACAUACUGUUUAUAUGUGGUUACAUACAGAGCCUUCAUCUUUAAGGGCUGGUAGUGUUGGCACUGAGCGAAUCAAGGGUUAUUUGAUUCAUUCUGUACAGUAUGUCAGGAAGUAUUCAUCUUAGUCACCUUGUAUGCUGACAGAAUUGGAUAGCUCUGGCUGAUUUAAAUAUGAAACAAAUCACGAAGCUCCUUAAAUCCAGUCUUAAACAUUGUGUGCCUUAGAUAAGUAAAGCUGUUUUGGGUUGCUUUUUGUGAAUAUACUCUUUGUAUUAGAGGCAGAAAAGCAGCAUGGAAGGAUGGUAUGCAAAGACUAAGUAGCAGAUCCUAUUUGUCAAACAUUGCUAUUUAAAACACUAUAGGGUUGGCUAAUCAGCUAUUAGUUUCUUGAUUUUGAAAUGCAGCAUUGUCAGUAGGGAUAACUCUAAAUAAAAAUGUAUCAUUGUAUUAGAAUAAUGUAGGGAGUAUUUGAAGACUUGAACACAUUUGAUUCCCAGUCAGUAUUUGAUCUCCAGCAGACACGCAGCCUGAGCAUGUAUAAAAGCAAGACCCAGAGGACUAGGGAAUAAAUCGACAACAUCUAGAAUCACUGAUAUUUACUUCUUUCCCAGUAGUUUAGAUUACAGUUGAGAAGCAUCUGCUAGGAAUUAUGUGUUUAUAUAUAUAUAUAUAUAUAUAUAUAUAUAUAUAUAUAUAUAUAUAUAUAUAUAUAUAUAUAUAUAUAUAUAAUCAUCAAAUGGUUUGCAGUUUAAUCAAAUUAAUUUAUAAGGAAAGCAUAUUAAAAUAGAAAAGUCUAUUUUGGAAUAAAAAGCAUAACCAUGCCCAAUGUGCAAUUUUUGUUCUAUUUGUACUUUUAUUUGAUGAAAUGUUUUGUUUAAGAAUGUUGCCUCUUCUGUUUAUUUCUUUUGUCUUGUUUUUUUAGUUCAGAUAUUUAAACAUGAACUAGGAUUGCAUUGAUCACUAGUGUUAUUGUAUACAUAGGUGCAGAGUUGUAUAGUUCAGAAUUAAUAUAAAGUGUGUUUGUAAAGCUUUGUCCAAAACACUAACUUGUUUUUCACCACAUUUGUGUACAAAAUAGAAAAAGAUAAACAAACAAGAUUUAUCAAUUUGAGCAAAUACUAGAACAAUGUGGCCAAAAUUUCAAAAGCCCAUCGUCCAGAUAUGUGAAGCCUUUCUGGCACAGUAUUACUUAUUGGAUAUUUUAAUAGGCAUUUGAUAUAUCCUUUGGUCUUCAGGAUUGCCAAAUUCAAGAAAGGUGUUAAAUACAUAUCAGAGGAAAAUUCAGGUACUUGAUUUUUGUGUGCGUGUGCUUUUUUCACCCCUCAGUUACUGAAUGCAGUUUCACUGUUCCUAUAUUUGACAAUAAUAUUCUGUUGCUGGCUAGAUCUCUUUAUAGGCAGUAGAGGUGAAAACCAUCCCAUGGGUUUCAGUUUCAGAAGUAGCACUCACAGGUGCCAGCCAGGCUGCCAGUGUUGGAUUCCUGUGCACUGUAAACUGUAAGAUUUAAGUUACAAGAACACAUGUUUCAAAAUAUGACCACAUGGUUCCAGUUCUAUGUAGUCAUUCUUUGCUAGUUGCUAAUAUAUAGUUUUCAGUGUUAGGCAUUUGCAUGAAAAAGGUCUUGGAUAAAUAUGCUUUUAAGUCACCUUUUUAAAACAACAUACUUCUUUACUCAUGUUCUUACAAGGAACACCAAAGACAAACUAGCGAAAGCCUUUGUAACAUGUUUCAUAAUAACCCCAAUGCACUGUGUAACAUGCAUGCUGUGUUAGUCUGUGCUGCCAAUUGAAAAAUAAUCUUGUCUUUUUCAAAUCUGGACAUCGGGGUACCUAUUGCUUAGUUUGUUGUGCUUCAAUAAUGAAGUCCUUCAAACGUGGCUUAGUCAUCUGUGCCUUUUCUCUCUUCAGCCUGACCGCACAGCAGCUUUGUGAGCUGUUUUCUAUUGUACAUACCUAAUUCAGCACAUGACUGUUUCACAGGGAAGACAAUCACCCUGUUUUAUUUAAGCUUUAGCAAGAAUACGAUCAUUGUGCGCCACUCCUGGUGCUGUUUUCAAAUUGUUCAGUCAUAUUGCUAGUUCUAAUUAGAUCUUACUACCUUUUUUAAAAAAAAAAAACACAUUCCUGUUAGUAUCCCUUGCUAUGAGAAGACAUGCUUGAUUCAGCAGCAAACCUACAGUUAAGAUUUCCAACCCCCAGAGAGAUACAAUUCUCUCAGUUGCCAAAGAAGGCAGUUCCCGUGCCAGCACACUUAAAGACACUUGUUAUGCUGUCAAGUCACUGAUUUUAUAAUCCUUACUAGAUAUAUAUAUAAUAUGAUACUCUUUUUCAGGAAGAUUUGUGUGAAAAAGAAAAACAGUAAUGGUGGUAUAUGCAACAGCUUAAUUUGUGGUUUCUAUCUGUGUGUGACGCAAAGACCUAGGUUCAGGGAAAUUCUUUGGCUGGUUGCUAGGAGAUAAUUGGGUCCAUAUUGGCCUUUGUUUCAUUUGCAUAUUAUAUAUUUAUACUAAUAUAUAUAAUAUAAAAUGUAGAAGUAUUUGUAGAUAUAUUUAUUGUCUUUUUUUGUUGCUCAAACAAUUUCAUUUAUUAUUUAUUUUGAAUUAUUGUCAAUAUAUUCUUCUUUAUAAUAGCUACAUAUUCCAUUUGUUCUGUUCUCCAGUACUAAACAUGGUUGUCAUGCCUUAGGUUGCAAUAGACUAUAAAGCAUUGAUUACUACUUGCUCCCUAUUACCUUUUUUUUGUGGAUCUGUUGCACUUUCUGAAUUUAGAACAGUAUGUUAGCCUUCUCUCUCCAGAAAUUAGUUAAAGACCUCAGACCUUUUUCUGGCUUUUUUUUUAUUUUUUAUUUUUUUUAUUAACUAAUCUCGUUAAGUUUCUAUUUAGCAAACAGCUGAGGUGUUCUGAGCAGGAAGUAUUUGUGAACAAGUCUUUUUUUUUACCAUUUAAAAUUGAUGAGAUUUCAUUAAGUUUACUUAAAAAUUAGUGUAGUGCCCAAAAGGCUUCAGCAAGCCAGUAAAGCUUAUGUUGUUUGAAAGCUCUGUAUUAAGCUACUGAAUUGAACUAAUUACUCAGUUCAAACUCAUGCUGAGGCUUCAUUUUAAUAAGAAUCUAAGCUUUUUACAGGGUUUAGGGUGAGGGGGAGGUCAUUUGUUUUUUAAAACACAAAGUGAUUCAAGGAUAUUGAACCACAAAAGACAGAAGUAUAAUUGUUUUCAUGGUAUAUAUUUUUACAGAAUGGCACUGUAUGGUAUGAAAUGGUGUUCAGAUAUUUAUGACGGUAUUUAUUUAGAUUGUAUUUUCCUUUUAAUCUGCAGAUUCUUGGGUACUUCCAGUUAAAGUGUAUUCCAGUGUUUUGAUUUUGUGCAUUACUUGCUCAUUUAUUUGUUAUGGUAAACACACUGUUCUUGGCUUUAUAGACCAGCCUUUAUAUAUACACUACAUGCAAUAAUACACUUGAGAUUCUAAAGUUGGGACAAGACAAAUGGCUGCAUGUUUAAAACUUUUUUUUAAAACUUGUAGCAGCCUCUUUUUCUUGCUAGUUCUUGUACAGGUUUUAUCCACACCCCUCACCUUUUGGUAAACCGUAGUUGACAUAUUAAGUAAUAAUCCAAUUUUAAGUUUAAAUUGAGAAAGGGCUGCGAAGUCUAUUGAGAUCAAUCCGCUGUUUCAGAUUCAGCAAUACUAAAAUGCAUUAGUUAGGCAGACCUUGAGGAAUUCCAAAUGAAGUUGCCAGCCUGUCUUACCAGUUUUGUGCACAGAAGCAAGUAUAUGAAGUGCUUUCUGUGUAUUUGCAGGUAUCUGUAUAUUUCUAUAAAUGUAAAUGCUUUUGUACACAUACAUAGAGACAUGCACACACAUGUAAAAGGGCUUUCGGUGUCACACAGUUACUUUUAUUAUAGUGGGAAAAUGUGCAAAUAAGUUUUGUUUUUGCUACUUUCAGGAAAUUGCAUUCAAGAACUUGUGUGAAUACUAUUUUGAGCCGUCUUGUACAGAUAUGUAGAAAGACUGAUUGGCUGUUUCUUUUACUUUGAAAAUUUGCUGAAGAUUUAUUUUUCUUUUCUUUUCAAAGAAGCUGUGCCUGCAGAGCAUUUGUUCAGUAUCUGUAAAUGAAGAUGAACUGUUGUAAAUGCAUUUUGGUAGAUGGUUCGACUGUAAAAUUCAGCCCUGUUGACCAGACCUAAAUGUAAACAAAAUUGUACAAUGUAAACAUUAAAGCUGACACACAAAUCA